AUGAAGUCCUUACUCCUGCUGCUUUCCUGUUUGGUUGCGACCGCCGCAGCGUCUGGCCCGGUUUGCUCUAGUGGAGUUUACGCAUUGCUCGCACCUCUUCGCGGAUAUGCUCCCGCUCAGUCCUAUUGCACCAGCCAUUACCCACCGUCGACGGUGGUCACGACUGUGACACUGGUCAGCUCAGCUCCGGUCAAGGCCAAGCGACACUUCCAGACAACGACGACAACCAAAACGACCACAAAGGCUCCAUCGACAACAACGGUGAAACCUCCAUCUACCUCGACCACCAAGCCUCCUUCUACUACGACGACAAGGUCAACGUCAACAUCCGUUGAUCCCAAAGCUGCACUCUUCUCGACCUUGUUGUCCGAGGCUUCCGCCAUAGUCUCGACCCUCUGCUCAAAACGAUCACACCAUCUACCACCACCACCACCACCACUACCACUACUACUACUACCACCACCACCACCACCACCACCACAAGCACCAUUCCGACCACUACCCCAAGUACUACCACCACAACAACCACUACGACAACAACGACGACAACCACCACGACAAGCGCUGCGCCAUCCCCUGUCUGCUCAGAAAAUCUCGAAGCCUGCACCAGCAGUUCCGACUGUAUCAGCCUCGAUGUCACGACAGAUUGCACCUGCUAUUCUCGCAUCUCCGGCUGUGGAACUGACGGCGAUGGCGUCUGUCUACCAACAAAUCAAUUCAGCACCCCCACGCCCUGCACCGACGAUUCACAAUGCCCGUUUCUGUCUUACUGUGUAG